GACGCAUUUAAUUUGAUUAUCUAUAUUAGCGUAACGACUUUAGGAGAGUUACGACGGAGAUUUUUAGUUGAAGAUGAUCAUUAUUGUCGUAAUGAAAGUGAAGUUGAUUAUGGUGCAUUGAAAGAGAAUAGGAAUGUUCAUGAAAUUGGCGGAAAAUCGUUGGCGAAAAUAGAUUUUAAACGUAUCACACGAAUUGAAAUUUUACCUGUGUUGUGCGUUCAACUAGCCCGAAAGAUCGAACGUGUCGGCGAAAUACCCAUUGAUGAAAAUGUUGAAAAUGGACUGAAUAAACAUCCUGGAAUGAUAACACCUGAAUUGAAAUUUGAGGCUCAGAAUGUUGAAGACUU